UAUUUACUUUUCACUUUACAGCGGUUUUCAUAGAUUUUUUGCCAUGUUUUCCAAGGAAACUAGCAAGUGCGCUUUGAUUAUCCUUAUUUUGGCCCUGAGGAAGGAUUUGGGCAGGAGCUAUGUGGUGGAACCACCUAUAGUUCAAAUAGAAAUGGACAAAGCCGGCAUGCAUAGGACUCUCAUCUACCGGCUGCGUUUCGACUAUCCCCUGGUGGGCAAGGAUUGCGAGUACGUGCUGCUCCAGCCGCUGCCCGCUUCGGUUUACAUAAGCACGGACGAACUGGACGAUUUGCAGCGUCUGAAGAGGCUGAGUGCCGUCUACCCAAAGUUCGUCAACAUUGAAGUGGCCACGGAGCGGGCGCAGCCGUUCGAUGUGCUAUUGCGCGGGACGCCCAAGAUUACGGAGACGCUGGCGCUGCCGGUGCAUUUUCGCUACCAUGCCCCCAGCGAUAAGCGAUCGGCGGCCACGGUGGCCAUACCCCUGCCGGAGCUCUAUCUCAACUGCCCGCUGGCUGAUAGUGAGCUCAUCGAGAGCGGAUUGGUUGCCCGGAUCGAUAAGCUCUACUGCCUGAAUGCGCCGGAAAGCAGAUUCGAUGAAAACAUCGUCAAGGACGGCGAGCCCACGACGAUGGCGAAUCUGGAGCGAUGCAACUGGCGGCGGGUGCAUGUGGAUUGCCAGCUAAAGACUCCGCUACGGGCCGAGAUACCCGUGGGCAAUGCCAAUGCCUACGGUCCGGUGCUGUAUGGCACCAUCCUGCUCGGCUGGACGCUGGCCCUGUGGACCAUAAUCCGGUCCAUGGCCAACACGCGCAGGAUUAAUCAGCGCCUCAACGAGCAGCGGCUGCUGCAGCAAAAGGUCAAGUAACAGGCGUCGAAGACAGUGCGAUUCCAAGUCAACAAUGGAUAAUAAUGCUCGGCACAAGUGUGCUGGGGCUGUAAAUAUAUUUAUUUCUAUGCUGUGACCGUUCACC